AUGCCAUCCUCGAACGUCCGCGAAUCUCCUCCUGUAAAGCCAGCGCGCUUGAUUCACCUCCCUAGGAUGUUGUUGACCCAUCACCGAGGCUUGCACUCUGAUCCUAUGCUCAACUACAUAUAUAACACAGACAUCGAAGGAGGAUUUACUGGUCGCUGGGGUCUCUUCAUUUGCACAGAGAUUUUCAUCGCAAUGUUCACGGUUGCCUAUCUCUUCAAACGUACGAAUUACCAGAUCGGCGGGGGGCUGGCCUUUAUCACGAUAGGGAGCGCUGGCAUCGCGCCUCCGGCAGAUGAUCGAUUGAUGGGAUGGAUAUUAUCCUUCAUUAUGUGGGCGCAUGCAACUUUUGCUACCCCAGAGCAGAGAAGCAGGGAUGCGGAGUACAACACCAAGAAACAAACACUCUUAGCUGAGGUACUUCCCGAUAAGUACAAGUACGCUGUUAUCUCCAUUCUUGUAGCCGACCCUUGUCUCCAUGGAAAAGGGUACGGCCGAACAUUGAUGCAGACUGUCUGCGCACUGGCUGACGCACGGCAGGAGAAACUGUGGCUCACGUCCACUAAUGCGAAGAACCGGUCGUUUUACGAAUCAAGCGGCUUCAAUGUCAUCGGGUCCCUCACCAUAGGAGACGAUAACCCUGCUUGGGCAGCGCCGCCUUCGCGCAUAGACAUUAUGACACGGCACCCGGAGCCUUUACCAGAGAUCGUCUCGCACUGA